AUGGAGGCGGACGCGUCCAUACAGCCCGACCUUGAGGUUCAUCAGCAGUCGGCUGGCGGCGACAAUGUACGUUCGGACUCCGUUGUCGCCAGCGCGUCGGCAGAGCCCCAGCCGAAAGAGAAAUGGAGCAAAACAGUACAUCCACGAGGCAGACAGGCGCGAGAUCCGCUCGCUCAGUAUGUCCGCUUCCAAUGCACAGGCGUUGACCAGAUGGAGACGUACCUGCGCGACUACCUGGCCGAUCCAACCUCGCCUGCUGAACAUACCACCAUCGAGUUCUCAUUCCCAACCUCAUCGGCGUUCCUCGUCUAUACCGGCGAGUAUUUGGGCGGCAGUCAACCCAAAGCAAAUCUGUACGGCACCUUGAAUAGAUCUGCACUGAGUGUGGAUGCUGCGCUUGCGCCGGUUGAUAAGAAGGAAUCCUUGAAGAAACAGAAGUCGAUAGCCAAAACGCUUGUCGAACAUAUCCAGAGAGCCGACGGCUUUCGUUAUAGCUUUCACAACAACUGGCUCAGUAAGGAAGAUGAGGCACAUCGGUUCUCCUACUUUUGCAACGACUCGACGCUGAACAAAGGCCGUGCUGCCAAUGAGGGCGCCAACAUGGAUGGUAAGCGCAAGAUGAAGCCAGUCUAUGACUGCCACGGAACCCUCCACGUCAAGUUCUCCGUCACCAAGCAAAGUAUGGAACUGCAUUACAAACACAUCCCAUGCCAUAAGACCUAUGAGGAUCGCGCGCCUCCUCCACGCAAGAACUCCAAACGCCGCAAGAUUAUGGAAGUCUUCGAGCCUGACAAGCUUGUUCGAGAGCGAAAGCGCAAAGCGAAAGCCGAGAAGCCCCCCCAACCGCCCAAGCGUCGUGCAACCGAGCCACUGCCAGGUACUGCUGAUGCCGGCAUUUCUGAUGCAGCAAAUGACAGCCUUGCGCCACUCAUCGACUUCCUUGGCUCGGCGGACCGUGAAGCUGCUCGUGAUACCCAUUCUCCAUCCGUUCCCGUUGAAAGCGCAUCAUCAGCCGCUCCUCCUAUCAUCUACCCUGCUGAGAAACUCCACCAACUGAAAAAGGCCACUCGCCGCAAAAGCAGCACACCUCGGCAAGGCGUUGUUCGCCCACCAUCCCUCCAAGUUCCUGGCAUGAUGUCUGGCUACAUGUCCGGCGAUCUUAUCACAUGGGGUAGCAGAGCUCAGAAACAACGGCGUACAAAUGGUGCAGACCCGCCCCCUUCGUCUGCUACGGCCUCCUUACCAUCUGCCGAACCUCUAGCUGGUAUCGCACAGGCCGCCGCCGAAGUUACCGACGCCGACGCUACUUCCGGCAUGUCGGAGCUCGAGCUCCUUAAAGCGAAGCUUGCAGCCGCGGAGGCUCGUAUCAAUCGGCUUGAGAGUGAGAAGGGAGGUCCAACAACAACUUCCAAAGAUGGACCGCCUGGCUGGCCUCCUCCACCAGCUCCCGCGAACUAUUCGUACCCACCUCCACAGUUCGGUAAUGUGCCGUACUCCCAUGUGCAGGGCGGGCCACCGCAUGGUUUCCAAUAUCCAUCCCCACGCCAAGGGCCGGGUCAUGAAGGAGUGCAGUUUGAUGGAGAGUUGAGGACCAUCCACUUCGACCCCAAGUUGGUGAGUGGUGGUGGGAAGAAAGGGAAAGUCCUGUCGCGCAACAGUAAUGGCGUCGAGAAGCCCCGGCCGCCUCCAAGAGGUGGAGAGGUCGUGCAGUUGUAG